UUAGAAAAUGCUAUCCCGGUCCGUUUCAUGGCGCUCUCUGCUCUUGCUGUUUUGUGGAUGACGAUCCCAUGUGGCAGGCGACCCCAGGUCCCCAGAAAAAGAAACCAACAAGAUUUCCCCACAACUCCAGCUGCUGCUGCUGCUCUCCCUUUCCUCCGCCUCCUUUCCCCCUCCUCUCUUCUCUUCACCGAAUCAGGCAGCCGCGCUCAGAUAUUUCUUUCUUUUCCAAUUCGAAUCCCCUCCUGUCUCGCUGUGCAGUCGGCCUCGCCCCAGGCCCCGGUUUUCGCGCAAAGAUCGGAUUUUUGCCGCGAAGCUAGGGGCUUCAACUUGGAGCUCCAUCGGAAUUCGUGGUGGAUCUUCUCCGCGAGCCUCAGCCCCCGUCGUCGUCUUCUAAGCUUGGCCAUGCCCAUGGGCUCUGCCGUGCUGAUGCUUGAGUGGGAGUACUAGCCACAACGAGAUGAGGCAGGGAAGCGGCAAGGAUGAGGCGCCGGACAAGGUCAUGGGUCCUCUCUUCCCUCGCCUCCACGUCAACGACACCGUCAAGGGCGGCCCCCGCGCGCCGCCCAGGAACAAGAUGGCGCUCUACGAACAAUUCAGCAUCCCCUCCAACCGCUUCGCCGCCACCGCGCCGGCGCCCGCGACAGCGACGCCGUGGUCCGCCGGCGGACUGACCUACGCCGUGCCCUCCACGUCGGCGAGCCAGCUUGGCGGGAACAAUAGACCUCUCUUCCCAUCAUUUUGUGUGCCUUCAACUGAACCUGUUUGUUCGCUAGAUCAUAUGAAUACCAACUCCAAUGGGCGGGCUGGCAACGCUUCAAGAGCAGAAUCUGGGAGGCAAUCCACACAGCUUAAGAGCAAGGAUACCUAUGUUGCAGGACCAACUGCGGAGUGUAGCUCACAACAUAGACAGAACAACGAUAAGAAUUCUUCAGGGAAGAAGUUGACUAAUGAUGAUGAUUUUACAGUUCCUUCGGUCUUAUAUUCUGGAAUGCCUCCACAUUCCACUCAAGAAAAAGUGACAACCCAAGAAAAGUUCACACCCUUCCCUACCACAAGUCCAUAUAAGAGUGAGCCUGCAAUGUCUAAAUCAUCCACAAAGUGUUCUAAUACUGACAAGAGGGACUUGGAGGGAAUGAAUGUUUCUGAUGCGAAAUCAAGGGAGUCUCCAAGUAUUAAGGAUAAAGAACCAACAGAGACGAUGAGAGGUAUGGAAAUCGAAGAGAGAACUUCAUCAUUUCAAACAUCUAAAGAGAAGUUGGGGAGAGCAGAUCCAAAGGUAUCUUCAUAUAGGGACAGGUUGAGCAAUUUUAAUGUUGCUCAUAAACAACAUUCUGAAAUUGAGGGUUGUCAGGCAAGAAGCAGGAAGGAGAAUACUGUCAAGACCCAUAACCCUCCAAAAAAUGGAGCUUUGCCAUCGUCUAAAGCAUAUACUGAUAUGGAACAGAAUAGUAACUCUAAUCUGUUGGAACAUGGCUUAAGAGAGACAGGUGGGAAGAGGAAAAGGUCACAUCAGGAUGUGGAGCAAAAGGAUGAUUUGUCUAAUUCCUCAGUGGAAUCUCUACCUGAAAUGGAGAUUUCUUCAGAUGAUGUUGUCAGUAUUAUUGGUCCAAAACAUUUUUGGAAAGCCAGAAGAGCUAUUGUCAACCAACAAAGGGUUUUUGCUGUCCAAGUAUUCGAGCUCCAUAGGCUGAUCAAAGUGCAGAAGUUGAUCGCGGCAUCUCCGCAUCUACUUAUUGAAGGAGAUCCAUGCCUUGGCAAAGCCUUGGUGGCUAGCAAGAAAAGGCUGGCUGGACGAAAUGUGGAAAAGCAGCUUCCAUCUUCUAAAAACAAAGAUGAUGUACAACCAACGCCGCAGCAGCUAGAGUACUCAAAGGAUAACACUGAAGGGAGCCAGCCUUCACCAUCUCAAGAUGAUGUAGUUGGAGUCCAACAUGAGAAUCAUGCUGCAACAAAUGGUGCCGUUGGCAGUAAUCCUCCCACAAUGCUUACUGCUUCUGACAACAAGCAGAACAGUUGGUGCACUCCUCCACCUCCGAAUCAGCGGCUUGUUCCUGUCAUGUCUCCGUCUGAAGGGCUUGUCUACAAACCUUAUACCGGGCCCUGCCCUCCGGCUGGAAGCUUCUUGGCGCCAUUUUACGCCAGCUGUACUCCAGUAAGCCUCCCAUCCGCAGCUGGAGAUUUCAUGAAUUCGGCAUACAGUAUUCCUAUGCUUCAACAACAACAACAGAUGGGUGUUCCUGGUCCUCCAACCAUGCCACCGAUGUACUUCCCACCUUUUAGCAUGCCGGUGAUGAACACUGCAGCCUCAGCCUCUGCAGUUGAGCAAGUGAGCCAUGUUGCUGCAUCGCAGCCAAAUGGACACAAAGAACAGAAUUCACGAAGCUCGUGUAACAUGUCUCACUUGAGGAGCGAAGCUCUGUCAGCUGGCACCUGGAGAUUCCAUGCACAAAGAGACGGUGAGCUGCAAGGCAGUAGCGCUAGCAGCCCAUUUGACAGGCAGCAAGGUGAAGGGAGGGGUCCUGCACCACCCUUUCCUGCAUCUUCAGCUGGAAUUGGGCAACCUCAACCCUCCUCUGGGAGCAGGGACAAUACUGGCAGCGUCAUUAGGGUUGUUCCACACACUGCCCGUACUGCUUCAGAAUCAGCAGCGCGGAUUUUCCAGUCAAUACAGAUGGAGAGGCAACAAAAUGACGCAUAGGUCGCAAUUGCGUACUGUAUCUUACUUGAUUGGUAGGGUUCUAUACAUGUUUAGCUGAGAGCUUAGACAAUUGGUGCUAGCUUCUGUAUUAUUGUUGACCAUAAAUUGGCAGACUGAUGUUUUGUUCACUGUGAAUAUACGCACUCGGGUGUCUGUCAGAA